AUGUUAAACAGCUUAAGUAUUGGCCCAUAGGUCAGAAAUUUAAAAUCUAAAAAGUAAAAGUUACAAGGCAUAUCCUCUCCUUCACAAAGGAAGAAAGAGAGGGAACACCGUCUUAAGCAGGUAGAUGAAAUUCUGAACUUUUAGCCUUCCUAUUAAACAAUUAAUCAUAUCAGUCCUUAAUAAAUUUUUGUGGCAAAGAGAAACACCUUGGCUGAUAAAUAAUCUCCAUUUAAAGAAACCACGCAUACACCAGGCAAUAAUGUGGUGAACUUAAAUGAAAAUGUUGAUGAUGAUAUGAUGCCGCUUGAACAAGAGCCACAUGCGUAAAUUGAGCCACCUUUGUAUUUUGAAACGAGAAUAAACCACAAAUAGUCUAAAAAUAAAGAAUCAUCGAGAAUAUGGAACCCAUAGGAUUAAUAAGAUUUAAUUGGAGCCAAGCUCCACAGUAGUAAUGAAUCUUCUAUUUGGUUUGACUAGCUCAAUUUGGGAUCACAAACAGAGAGACUAAAAGAGAAGAAGAAUAAACUUCUGUUCCAGCAAUUUAUGAAUUCUAAAAACUUCAAGGAAACAUUCAUGAACAACGACGGUUCCCAAAAAUAAAAAUAAGUAUCCUUAAACAUCCACAAAAAAGGUUCCGCUUAAAAAUAAAAUACAAUUAGUUAGAAUUUAUCAUCCAGAAUAUAAAAAUAUUAACUAUAUUCUACAGCUGCUAGCAAUAAUUUAUCCAUGAAUACUUAUAAGACUUUAAAGAUUAGCAUGCAAGCUGCUCCAAAUAUGCAUUAUUGCGCAAAGAAAAAUGGUGACUUAGAAGAGGAUUUUACUCAAGCUGAAAAACGACAAAGUCUCAAUCUGCAUAACAUUAGUUAGCAGCAUCAUGGCUUAUUAGGAUCAAUAGAAAUUAAGUCUCCUCAAAAGUUAAGUACCGGAGCAUUCAACUCACCUUAUCUUGAUAUAUCGCCUGUAAAACUAACACUUGAACCAGAAAAAUUAAUUGAAGAUGGAAGAAUCUUUAAAACAUUGCUAUCUUUUCUUACAUUGACUGAAACUAUAAACUUCUAUAAUCUUAAUAAAAAUUUAAUAAGAUAGGACUACAGUAAAAUAAUAAUAAAAUAACAAAGAAAGUUAAUUCUGAACUUAGGACUCACAAGAAUUGAAAGAAUAAGGCUUUGGUAUAAUAAAACUUAGCUUUUGGAGGCAAAAUAACUACAAAAAGGCUAACUGCCAAACUUAUAUAGGAGACUAUCAAAAAAAUAGAGUGCAUAUCACUAAGAAAUCAUUACAGAUGCUGAGAGGACAUUCCCCCAUAUAUUACUAUUUAAUAAUUAAAGUAGAGCUUAAGACAUGCUAGUUAGAAUACUUAAUGCUAUUGCCAAUCAUAUACCAGACCUUGGCUAUGUUUAAGGAAUGAACUUUAUCGUGUCAUCAUUACUUUUAAUUCUAUGCAAUGAGGAAGAUACCUUUUAUAUGAUGAUUCAGCUUCUUUAAAAAUAUAAGCUAAAGGAUAUGUUUCUGAAUAAUUUUGAUUAGCUAAGAUUGUUAUGCUUCUAGUUAGAGCAGUUUAUUAAGGCCUAUCUUCCAAAACUGAAUGAGGUAUUCGAGAAUCAAAAUAUAGAUUCUGAGUAUUUUGCUACCAGAUGGUUUUUGACUUUAUUCACUGCUGACUUGAGCAUCGAAAUUGUCCAAACUGUAAUAGAUCUAUUUAUGGUUGAGGGCUAUAAGUCUUUAAUAAAACUAGCUCUUGCAAUACUUAAUCAAACCUUCAAAAUAUUUAAAGAGGGUCAGAUACCGCAUUUGUCAUUCUAAACAGAAAGCGAGGGAUAUGUAGAUCUAUUAAAGCACUUUAGUGAUGAAAUUAUGGUUGAAAGUCAUCACCUGAUAACAGAUGCUUAAAAUUUCAAAGUGACUAGUAAACUUAUGUAAGAUAUGGAGAAGCUUUAUAUGAAAGAGUCAAGGCCCUCUAAAAAGAGGAUAGAAAGAAAUAUUAGAAUGGGCAGACCACCAAAUGAAUAAAAAUACAGAGGAUGCAGAAGUAGCAGUUUAAGGAACAGGAUGCUAGUGAUAAACUUAAAUGAUAAGAAAAAGUAUGAGUGGAGGAUAUUACCUUUACUUCCAUCAAAGAUUAAUGAAAUGGAGGACCCUACUAAGCAGUAGAACUAUGAAAACUUCGAUUAGUUUUUAGAUGCCUUUGAUAGAUCUAAUUUUGACUCAUAAUCCUAAUUGACCACUCCUGAUGAAAAGAAUGACUUAUAAAGUAUAUUUUCAGAGUGUGAAGAAAUCAAAGGCUCUGAUGAAGGCGGGAUAAACAACAUGAGAUCAAAUAAAAAACCUUACGCUUCUAGAAUGGUUAUGAGUAAUAAAAAGCAAAACAGAAAUUGUAUAAAAAAUAAUUAGCUAUCCUAGCUAAUUUAACCAUUAAUCUUUAACUACAAUGAUAGCAAUGAGGGCAUUAGAUUAAAAGAAAAGUCAAAUAUGCUCAAGAUUAACUAAAGAAAGAUGAAAAGUAUAAAUGCUUAAUAAAAGUUUACUUCAUAAGAUACGGUUACUCUUAGAACAUAGACUCAAAUGAGUAGUAUAGAGAGUGAAAAUGUUAACAUUGAAAGCAGAAUUGAUUUAGGCAUUCCAAGAAAAAUAGCCCAGAUUAUUAAUAAUGAGGAAAACUUCUUAACUGCCAGUUCUUAAAAGCAUGCUUUUACUGAUAUUAAAGGUGAGGAUAGAAGAUCUAAGUAUCCUAACGGGGACAAGCCAAUGGAAAAAUUGCCACUUAGCAAAAAAAUAAUACAGCAAUCACCCAAAAACUAGAAUUUCAAUAAAUUCAAGCAAAGAUUUACUGAGAAACAUAAAAUGAAGGUUCCAAGUAAUAUUACAAGCAAUAUCAAUUAAAAUUAAGAGUCCAGUAAGAAAAAAUCUUCAACUCACGAGAAGCAAUCAUAGCCGCAAGAAAAGACUAUUGUGAAGCAGAAGUAGACAUUUACAAAGCCUUAGAUUAUCUUUUAAAACAUGCAUCUAACCUAGUUGCAGCAUUCCUAACCUAGCUUCAAUGAAAAAAAUCAAACAGCAGCCUAGCUCAGACUUCAUCUAUAAAACAUGGAGCCCAGGAAGUUGAAUACUUAAUCUAGCAAUCAAUAAUUGGCUCCUGUCAACAUUGUUUCUUCUAGUAUGCAAGGCUUCACUCUUCAGUAGCAUCUCUAGAUAGCUAAGAAAUAAAAAAAGAGUAUCAAUAAAAGUUAGAAUAGAAGUCUGAGAUCAAACUUUAGUCAAAGCAUUGAUUAUGAUAAUUUCAAUACUGUUCAAUAAAAUACUCUAGAAUUCUAUCCAUCACAUGAGGAUUCACUUCAUCAGCCGUCCAGCAAUGUAAAGCUACCUAGUAGCAAGAUUAAUCUUUAUGGAUGGAAUAACAGUUCAACUUAGCAACUAGACUCCCCUAAAGUAACAAAAAUUAAUCCCAUAAAAUUGAAACAAAAACUUGACGAUGAUGUCGGAAAAGCCACUGUCCUUCCUUUUCAGAUUAGAAACCUUGACACUGGAGAAAUAACUAAUUAGGAUCCAUUCAUGAGGGAAUAUGGAAUUAUGUGA